AUGUCCACUUCCGGUUCCCUCCUCCCACCUUGGAAACUGUGGGUACCAGGAAAUUCUCCGAAAACACUGAAGAGGCAUCAGAUCAUGCAUGCCCAGAGAUCUCCACUUGCACUCCUUGAGGGCACCACCCUCGAUAGAAAAGGAGAUAUGUCAUCUUGGCUCUUCUGUACGCUGUGGAAAGUCUCCAACCUAACUAUGUUCCAAAUGAUGUUGGUCACUGUUUUGUUGGCUACCGUUCUUGGUGACUGUGGUCCUCCACCCAAGUUACCAUUUGCUUCUCCAAUAAAUCUGUUGUAUGAUACUGAAUUCAAAACUGGAACUAUUCUGAAAUACACCUGCCACCCUGGAUAUGGUAAAAUCAAUUCAAGUCGACUGACUUGUGGUGCCAAAGGCUCAUGGACCUAUAGUAUCUUUUGUGCAAAGAAACGAUGCAGAAACCCAGAAUGUGUAAUUGCCAAGUGUGAGUCCCCUCCAGACAUCAGAAAUGGGAAGCACAGUGGUGGAGAUCAAGAAUUCUAUGUAUAUGCCUCUUCUGUCACCUAUAGCUGCAACCCUCACUUCUCACUCAUAGGCAACGCCUCCAUUUACUGCACGGUGGAGAAUAAAACAAUAGGAGUCUGGAGCCCAAACCCUCCUAUCUGUGAAAAAAUUGUCUGUCGUCAACCACAGAUUCCAAAGGCAAUCUUUGUUUCUGGAUUUAGACCCCUCUAUGCUUACAGAGACUCUAUUGUGAUUAACUGUGAGGAAGGUUAUAUCCUCAGAGGCAGCAAUUUAAUCUAUUGUGAAGAGAAUAAUGACUGGUAUCCUUCUGUUCCCUCUUGUGUAUCCAGAAUGGAUGGUUGUACCAACCUCCCGGACAUUUCCUAUGCUUCCUGGGAGAGAAAUGACUACAACCUAAGUGAUCAAGAAACAUUUGAAAUUGGAACUGAGUUGAAAUAUCUAUGCAAACCUGGCUAUAGACCUCUUCUAGAUGAGCCUCUGACUGUGACUUGUCAGGAAAAUUUGACAUGGACAUUUUCCAACGAGUGUGAGAGGGUAUGUUGCCCAACACCAGAUCUGGAAAACAUCAGAAUCAUAAAUGAAAGGAGGUAUUUCACUGGUAGAUGUGUCUAUGCCUAUGGGGACUAUAUUUUAUAUAUGUGUGACGAAGGCUAUUACCCUGUUUCUGUUGGUGGGAAGAGUUCAUGCCACGCAGAUGGCACAUGGAAGCCUAAAAUACCAGCAUGUGAGCCAGUUUGCAGGUACCCUCCCAGAAUUGCCCAUGGACACUACAAGGAAGUUAUUUUAAUAACUCCUUAUCCUGAGGCUACAUAUGAGUGUGAUGAAGGAUACGUUUUGGCUGGAUUUGCUACAAUCUACUGCAAGUCUUUUCGCUGGCAACAUGCACCUCCUCACUGUAAAGCUCUGUGUCUGAAACCAGAAAUAGUGAAUGGAAGGCUGUCUGUGGAUAAGGAUCAGUAUGUUGAGCCUGAAAAUGUCACCAUCCAAUGUGAUUCUGGCUACGGUUUGGUCGGUCCCAAAAGUAUCACUUGUUCAGAGGAAAGAACCUGGUACCCAGAAGUGCCCAGAUGUGAGUGGGAGGUAUCUGAAGGUUGUGAGCAAGUGCUCAUAGGCAGAAAGCUCAUGCAGUGCCUGCCAAGCCCAGAAGAUGUGAAAAUGGCACUGGAGAUGUAUAAGCUGUCUCUGGAGAUUGAACGACUUGAAAAAGAGAGAGAAAAGUCGGUGAACACCCAUCAGAAAUUUUCUGAAAAAGAGGAAACAAAGGACUUAUUUUUUCCUUUAAAUCAAUACACAGAAUCUUCAUUCAACUCUACUCUUCCUUAA